AUGGAUACCAGCAGCUCCGCCAGUGAAGCUGGCUCAAACCGCUGGAAGUACGAGGUGUUCCUGAGCUUUAGAGGCGAAGACACCCGCAACGCCUUUACAAACCACCUCUUCAUUGCAUUACGCAAUGCCGGAAUUAACACUUUUAUAGAUAACCAGCUCACAAGGGGGAAAACCAUACAGAGUGAACUUGACCAAGAAAUCGAAGGAUCGAGAAUCGCCCUCCUCGUCUUCUCGAAGGGGUACGCGGAGUCCCGGUGGUGCCUGAGGGAGCUGUCGAAAAUCAUGAGGGGCUUGAAAGAGUCGGAUGUGGACAGCUUUGUUGAUGAUGUCCUUGUGAAUCACAAACCAUGGGCUUCCGGAGUGCAAGAGCCGUUGAUUGGCCGCCAUCUAUUUAUAUUCGCACAUAUGACACGAAAUGAAUGGAAUCGUGAUCCUGCACGUGUUCUCAUUGAUAAGUUUAAAGAGGAGGCUGAGUUGCGAGGAUUGACGAAUGAGGUAUUUGUUACUGCUUGCCUUCACAUUGGAGGCCACAUUUGUGCUCGAAAUCCCACUAUCUACCGCAAAGAUUCAUUCCAAUGGGGCCAAAUGGGAGCAUCUUCUGAUGAAGCUGAACAAAUUAAUGACCAGAAGCUUCCAAAUGGAGGAGAAAUUAAUGAAACGCUUAAAUUAAGAUACGAUGGGCUAAUUGAUGAUCAUGUGAAGGAAGCAGAAAUUACCACACUCUGCAAUCGAGGUCUCUUAUAUAUUGAUGAAGACAAAAUUUUGAGGAUGCAUGAUUUGGUUCGAGAUAUGGGAAGAGAAAUUGUGCGGGCAAAAUCUCCUACGGAAUUGGGAAAACGUAGUCAAUUGUGGCAUAGUGAAGAUGCAAAAAACGUGUUAAGAAACGAAUCUGGAACAGAAGCAGUUGAAGGACUACAAUUAGCUUUGCUAGAACAUCCUGAUGACGAGCGAAGCUUCAGUACGGAAGUGUUUAAGAAGAUGUGGCGUCUGAAAUUUCUCAUGCUGGAAAAUGUAAAGCUGACGGGAAGCUACAAACAUCUUUCCAAGGAGUUAAGAUUUUUGUGUUCGAACGGAUUUCCUCUUGAAGCCAUACCAGCAGAUUUUGAUCAACGAAACCUAGUUUAUAUGGAACUGUGGAACAGCAAGAUCAUACGAGUUUGGGAGGAUUCUGACUUGUUGCCUAAGAAGUUGAAGUAUCUCAUUCUUAGAGACUGCCAUAACCUGACUGAAUUACCAGACUUUUCAAAACUCCCACAUCUCGAGGAAUUGGACCUCAGUGGCUCUAAGGGUUUGUGUGGGAGUUACCAUUUUUUAGCACAACUGAAGAUGAUUAAGAGAUUAAAUCUCAACGACUGCAAUAUAACAGAUGGUGCCGUUCUCGAAAUAAUUGGGAGUCUAUCUUCUUUAACAUUUUUAGAUCUAGGUGGGAAUGGUUUUAGUAGGCUGCCCAUUCUCAGUGGCCUUUCUCAGCUUCAGGUUUUAAAGCUAAAUCAUUGCACAAACCUUCAGGCAAUCCUAGAUUUGCCAAACAGUUUGCUUGAACUGAUAGCAAAGCACUGCACUGCACUGCACUGGAAAUAA